AUGGCCACUCCCAAGGUUGGUAUCAACGGCUUCGGUCGUAUUGGAAGAAUCGUCUUCCGUAACGCCCUCAGCCACGGCCUGGUCGACGUCGUUGCUAUCAACGACCCUUUCAUCGAGGUUCACUAUGCUGCCUACAUGCUCAAAUACGACACCACCCACGGCCAGUUCAAGGGCACCAUUGAGACCUACGACCAGGGUCUGAUUGUCAACGGCAAGAAGAUUCGCUUCUAUGCUGAGAAGGAUCCCUCUCAGAUCCCCUGGUCUGAGACCGGCGCUGCCUACGUCGUCGAGUCCACUGGUGUUUUCACCACCAAGGACAAGGCCUCCGCUCACUUGAAGGGUGGUGCCAAGAAGGUCAUCAUCUCCGCUCCUUCUGCUGAUGCCCCCAUGUUCGUCAUGGGUGUCAACAACACCAGCUACACCUCCGACGUCCAGAUCCUCUCCAACGCCUCUUGCACCACCAACUGCCUUGCUCCCCUGGCCAAGGUCAUCAACGAUAAGUUCGGCAUUGUUGAGGGUCUCAUGACCACCAUCCACUCCUACACCGCCACCCAGAAGGUCGUCGAUGCUCCCUCCAACAAGGACUGGAGAGGUGGUCGUACUGCUGCCCAGAACAUCAUUCCCAGCUCGACUGGUGCUGCUAAGGCCGUCGGCAAGGUCAUUCCUUCUCUCAACGGCAAGCUGACCGGCAUGGCCAUGCGUGUUCCUACCUCCAACGUCUCCGUUGUCGACCUCACCUGCCGCCUCGAGAAGGGUGCUUCCUACGAUGAGAUCAAGCAGGUCGUCAAGGCUGCCUCCGAGGGCGAGCUCAAGAACAUUCUCGGCUACACUGAGGACGAAGUUGUCUCCAGCGACUUGAACGGUGAUGAGCGCUCCUCCAUCUUCGAUGCCAAGGCUGGUAUCUCCCUCAACCCCAACUUCGUCAAGCUCGUCGCCUGGUACGACAACGAGUGGGGUUACUCUCGCCGUGUUGUUGACCUCAUCGCCUACAUCGCCAAGGUCGAUUCCCAGUAG